CGGGGAGAACGAGGCCGAGAGCCGCCAGGGCCCUGCGGAGCGCGGCGGGGAGGCGGCCCAGCUCAACCUGUUGGACACCUGCGCCGUGUGCGGGCAGCACAUCCAGAGCCGGCGGCCCAAGCUGCUGCCCUGCCUGCACUCGUUCUGCCUGCGCUGCCUGCCACAGCCCGACCGCUACCUCAUGCUGCCCCCCCGCCGCCCCGUCCCCCUCCCCCGGCCCGGGCACCCCCAAAGAGCUGCAGCCGCCGGCGUCCCCCUGCUCGCCCGUCCCUUCGCCGACCUCACCCCUGCACUGCACACCGGUUGGUGUUAUCCGCUGUCCAGUUUGCAGCCAGGAAUGUGCAGAGAGACACAUCAUAGAUAACUUUUUUGUGAAGGACACCACAGAAGUUCCCAGCAGUACAGUGGAAAAGUCAAAUCAGGUCUGCACAAGCUGUGAAGACAAUGCAGAAGCCAAUGGUUUUUGUGUGGAGUGUGUAGAAUGGUUAUGCAAGACCUGCAUCAGAGCUCACCAGAGGGUUAAAUUCACAAAGGACCAUACAGUCAGACAGAAAGAAGAAGUAUCUCCAGAGGCAGUUGGUGUUAACAGUCAGCGGCCUGUUUUCUGCCCUUACCACAAAAAGGAACAGUUGAAGCUCUAUUGCGAGACCUGUGACAAACUUACAUGCCGGGAUUGCCAGUUACUGGAACACAAAGAGCACAGGUAUCAGUUUAUAGAAGAAGCUUUUCAGAACCAGAAAGUGAUCAUUGAUACACUAAUCACCAAGCUAAUGGAGAAGACUAAGUAUAUAAAAUAUACAGAGAAGCAGAUCCAAAACAGAAUCCUUGAAGCGAAUCAGAAUCAAAAGCAGGUGGAACAGGACAUUAAAGUUGCCAUAUUUACACUGAUGGUAGAAAUAAACAAAAAGGGGAAAGCUUUGCUGCAUCAGUUAGAGAGUCUGUCAAAAGACCAUCGGAUUAAGCUUCUGCAGCAACAACAGGAAGUAGCAAGUCUUUCUAAACAGCUGGAACAUGUCAUGAAUUUUUCCAAGUGGGCAGUUUCCAGUGGCAGCAGCACAGCAUUAUUGUACAGCAAACGCCUGCAGCCACCUCCACGCUUGAUUAACUUUCAGAAUCACAAUCCCAACUCUAAUGGAUCAAUUCUUCCUGCUCAACAAAUGAGGGGUCCCCAGAACCAGAAUGUACCAAGACUAACAAUAAAGCCCAACCCAUUGCAGAUGGCGUUCUUGGCACAGCAAGCUAUUAAACAGUGGCAGAUAAGCAGUGGACAAGCUUCAGCUGCCCCGUCAACUGCAAGCAGCACCACAUCCACCCCUUCCAGUCCCACUGUUACUAGUGCUGCAGGGUAUGAUGGGAAGACAUUUGGUCCACCCAUGAUAGAUCUGAGUUCUCCAGUGGGUAGUUCUUAUACCCUACCUUCUCUUCCUGAUAUUGAGUGUACGGGAAACAUUACACUGGAUAACAUUGUAAGGAAAGAUGGUAUUGUGGAGCAGAGCCAGCCAAAACCCGCUUCAAACAGAACCGUCCAGUCACCAAAUUCAUCAGUGCCAUCUCCAGGCCUCUUGGGACAAGUAACUAUGACCAGUGUCCACCCUCCAAUUCGCUCACCCAGUGCCUCCAGUGUUGGAAGCAGAGGCAGCUCUGGCUCCUCCAGCAGGCCACCAGGAGCUGAUUCUACACACAGAGUCCCUGUUGUCAUGUUGGAGCCAAUCAGGAUUAAACAGGAGUCUGGUACAUCCCAUGAGAACUAUGAUUUCCCAAUUGUUAUAGUGAAGCAAGAAACAGAUGAAGAAUCCCGGCCUCGGAAUACCAACUUUUCAAGAAGCAUACUCACCUCUCUGCUAUUGGAUAGCCGUCAUAAUACCACUUCUGACAAAACAGUCUUAAGAACAGAUGCUCCAGAUAGCACAGGUGACCGACCAGGGAUACUUCAGGAGAACACAUCCAGUGGGACGACAGCAUGGAUGGGUACCCCUCACAUUGGAGACAGCAGAAAAGAGGAUGACCCCAAUGAGGACUGGUGUGCAGUGUGUCAGAAUGGAGGAGAGCUCCUGUGUUGUGAGAAAUGCCCUAAAGUGUUCCACCUUUCUUGUCACGUCCCUUCACUAAUGAACUUUCCAAGAGGAGAGUGGAUUUGCACAUUCUGUCGGGACUUGUCCAAGCCGGAAGUAGAAUAUGAUUGUGAUGAUCCCAAUCAGAGCUCUGAAAAAAGAAAACUAGAAGGUUAUAUGGGAUUGGCACCAAUAGAUCGACGGAAAUGUGAGAGGCUACUGCUGUACCUCUACUGCCAUGAAAUGAGCCUGGCUUUUCAAGAUCCAGUUCCUCCUACAGUGCCUGAAUACUACAAAAUAAUAAAGAAGCCUAUGGACUUGUCAACAAUCAAAAAAAGACUGCAAGUGAACCAUCCACUGUAUAUGAAACCAGAAGAUUUUGUGGCUGAUUUCAGACUGAUUUUCCAAAAUUGUGCUGAGUUUAAUGAGCCUGAUUCAGAAGUGGCUGAUGCUGGCAUGAAACUUGAAGCCUACUUUGAAGAACUCCUAAAGACCCUUUAUCCGGAGAGAGAAUUCCCUAUACAACCCUACUGUCGGAGUGAGAGAGAGAAUCCAGAAUCUAGUGAUGACUCUGAUGAUGAUUUUGUACAGCCCAGGAAAAAACGCCUCAAAGGAGAGGAGCGCCAGUUGCUUAAAUGAAUGAGUCGCAUGUACUGGAAUGAAUUUUUUAAAACUAGACAAAUAUUUAUCAACUGUCAGUUGUCAAGAGGAAAAGUCAUGACCACUUUGACCUGUACAUUUGUGGAUGUUUACUAGACUUUAUACCCUUCCCCUAAAACAGAAAUCUACCAGGGAUCAAGGCAUUUGGAGAGACUGUUCUCUGAAGUUCAGUCCUUGCAUCCUACUUGUGGAACGUCAUUAAAACAGCGAUCUGGAAUAACAGCUGCUCAAAUUCAUUUAAAGAAAAGAAUUUGUACAGAAUUAAACUUUAAAAUGUUACAUGAAUUCAAUGUGUGACUUUCUCAGUUUCAAGAAAAUGUAUUAUCACCAGACAUUAAUUUUACCAAAGGCAUGUGGCUGGCCAUAAUUUGUUUUGUACUGUACUUAACCCCAAGCCAUGAAAGCACAUGGUGUAAUUUUGUUGUCCUAGGAGAAUGACUGGUACAAUGGAAGUGUAGUUGCCCCCCUAAAGAAGUUACUGGUGAUUUAAAAUGUAAAGGGAGGGCUGUAUUAAAAUCUACUUAAAAAAUCA